AACCUCAUCUGCUCUGAAUGUGGGGAUGAGUUCACCCUGCAGAGUCAGCUGGCCAUCCACAUGGGGGAGCACCGGCAGGAACUGGCCGGAACUCGAGUGCAUGCCUGCAAGGCCUGCAAGAAAGAGUUUGAAACCUCUUCAGAACUGAAGGAACACAUGAAGACUCAUUAUAAAAUUAGGGUAUCAAGUACAAGGUCUUAUAAUCGGAACAUUGACAGAAGUGGAUUCACGUAUUCAUGUCCACACUGUGGAAAGACGUUUCAAAAGCCAAGUCAGUUAACGCGACAUAUAAGGAUACACACAGGUGAAAGGCCAUUUAAAUGUAGUGAGUGUGGAAAAGCUUUUAACCAGAAGGGGGCACUGCAGACUCACAUGAUUAAGCAUACAGGUGAAAAGCCCCAUGCCUGUGCCUUUUGUCCUGCCGCCUUCUCUCAGAAAGGGAAUCUUCAGUCACAUGUGCAGAGAGUUCAUUCAGAGGUCAAGAAUGGUCCUACCUACAAUUGUACAGAAUGUAGUUGUGUAUUUAAAAGUUUAGGCAGCUUAAACACACACAUCAGCAAGAUGCAUAUGGGUGGGCCACAGAGUUCAACAAGCUCUACAGAGACGGCUCAUGUUUUAACGGCCACACUCUUUCAGACAUUACCUCUUCAACAAACAGAAGCCCAGGUCACGUCAGCCUCAAGCCAGCCGACGUCCCAGACUGUGACUGACGUUAUCCAGCAGCUCCUGGAGCUCUCAGAGCCGGGGCCUGUGGAGUCUGGGCAGUCCCCACAACCUGGGCAGCAGCUGAGCAUCACAGUGGGCAUCAACCAGGACAUUUUACAGCAAGCCUUAGAAAACAGUGGGCUGUCUUCAAUUCCAGUUGCAGCACACCCCAACGACUCCAGCCAUGCCAAGACUUCUACAAUACAGGUUCAGAACCCAGAAGUUUCCAAUGUUUCCAGUGAGCAAAUGGACCCUACAGAUGCAGAGCAAGAAAAAGUACAGGAAAGCCCAGAAAAGUUGGAUAAAAAAGAAAAAAAAAUUAUAAAGAAGAAAUCACCAUUUCUACCUGGUUCCAUCCGUGAGGAGAACGGCGUGCGAUGGCAUGUGUGUCCCUACUGUGCCAAGGAGUUUCGCAAGCCCAGUGACCUGGUACGCCACAUCCGCAUUCACACGCAUGAGAAGCCCUUCAAGUGCCCACAGUGCUUCCGGGCCUUUGCGGUGAAGAGCACACUGACAGCGCACAUCAAGACACACACCGGCAUCAAGGCAUUCAAGUGCCAGUACUGCAUGAAGAGUUUCUCUACCUCCGGGAGCCUCAAGGUGCACAUCCGCCUGCAUACAGGAGUUAGACCUUUUGCUUGUCCUCACUGUGACAAAAAAUUUCGAACAUCAGGCCAUAGGAAGACUCACAUUGCUUCCCAUUUUAAACAUACGGAAUUAAGGAAGAUGAGGCACCAGCGUAAACCUGCAAAGGUUCGUGUUGGCAAGACAAACGUUCCAGUCCCUGAUAUUCCUUUACAAGAACCAAUUCUUAUAACUGACUUAGGUCUUAUCCAGCCCAUUCCAAGAAAUCAGCUUUUCCAAAAUUAUUUUAAUAACAAUUUUGUAAAUGAAGCAGAUAGACCAUACAAGUGUUUUUACUGUCAUCGUGCAUAUAAAAAAUCUUGCCACCUUAAACAACACAUCAGGUCACACACAGGUGAAAAACCUUUUAAAUGUUCUCAGUGUGGAAGAGGCUUUGUUUCUGCAGGAGUGCUCAAAGCGCACGUCCGAACACACACUGGCCUAAAAUCUUUCAAGUGUCUGAUAUGUAAUGGAGCUUUCACGACAGGUGGCAGCUUACGGAGACAUAUGGGUAUACACAAUGACCUUCGGCCCUAUAUGUGUCCCUACUGCCAAAAAACAUUUAAGACCUCACUAAACUGCAAAAAACACAUGAAAACCCAUAGAUAUGAAUUGGCCCAGCAACUGCAGCAGCACCAGCAGGCAGCCGCAAUGGAUGACAGCAGUGUGGACCAGCAGAGCGUGCAAGUCUCCACACCGAUGCAAGUGGAAAUCGAGAGUGACGAACUCCCACAGGCAGCCGAGGUGGUCACGGCCACCCCUGAGGCCAUGCUGGACCUGGAACCCCAGCAUGUGGUAGGCACGGAGGAUGCAGGGCUUGGUCAGCAGCUGACGGAUCAGCCCCUGGAAGCUGAUGAAGAUGGGUUUGUGGCUCCACAGGACCCUCUGCGAGGGCACAUAGACCAGUUCGAAGAGCAGACCCCUCCACCGCAGUCCUUCGAGCCAGCAGGGCUCUCCCAAGGUUUUACAGUGACUGAUGCAUACCAUCAGCAGCCUCAGUUUCCACCUGUCCAGCAGCUACAGGAUUCCAGUACACUUGAGUCUCAGGCCCUCUCCACAAGUUUCCACCAGCAGAGCUUGCUGCAAGCCCCUGCUUCUGAUGGUAUCAGUGUGACAACUCGUUUGAUUCAAGAGUCAUCCCAAGAGGAGCUGGACCUGCAGACGCAACGGCCCCAGUUCCUGGAGGACAGUGAGGAUCAGAGCAGGCGCUCCUACAGAUGUGACUACUGCAACAAAGGCUUCAAGAAGUCCAGCCACUUGAAGCAGCACGUACGGUCACACACAGGGGAGAAGCCCUACAAGUGCAAGCUCUGUGGGCGUGGCUUCGUUUCUUCUGGGGUCCUCAAGUCUCAUGAGAAGACACAUACAGGCGUGAAGGCGUUCAGCUGUAGUGUGUGCAAUGCCUCCUUCACCACCAAUGGCAGCCUCACCCGGCACAUGGCCACGCAUAUGAGCAUGAAGCCUUACAAAUGUCCAUUUUGUGAGGAGGGCUUUCGAACGACAGUCCAUUGUAAAAAGCACAUGAAGAGACACCAGACGGUCCCUUCUGCUGUGUCAGCCUCUGGAGAGACAGAUGGAGGAGACAUAUGUAUGGAGGAAGAGGAAGAAAAUUCUGACAGAAACACAUCCAGAAAGUCUCGCCCUGAGGUCAUCACUUUCACAGAGGAAGAGACAGCCCAGUUAGCCAAAAUUCGGCCCCAGGAAAGUGCCACGGUGUCUGAGAAGGUCCUGGUGCAGUCAGCGGCUGAGAAGGACCGUAUCAGCGAGCUCCGGGACAAACAGGCAGAGCUCCAGGACGAACCCAAGCAUGCUAACUGCUGCACCUACUGUCCCAAGAGCUUCAAGAAGCCCAGCGACCUGGUGAGGCAUGUUCGAAUCCAUACUGGAGAAAAGCCAUAUAAAUGUGAUGAAUGUGGGAAGAGUUUCACUGUCAAAUCUACCCUGGAUUGUCACGUGAAGACACACACAGGUCAGAAGCUCUUCAGCUGUCAUGUCUGCAGCAACGCUUUCUCCACCAAGGGUAGUCUGAAGGUGCACAUGCGUUUGCACACAGGAGCCAAGCCAUUCAAAUGCCCGCACUGUGAGCUGCGUUUCCGCACCUCUGGGCGGAGGAAGACACACAUGCAGUUUCACUAUAAGCCAGAUCCGAAGAAGGCCAGGAAACCCGUGACUCGAAGCUCAUCCGAAGGACUGCAGCCCGUCAACCUCCUUAACUCUUCCUCCAGCGAUCCGAAUGUGUUUAUCAUGAACAACUCUGUCCUAACAGGACAGUUUGAUCAGAAUCUGCUUCAGCAAGGACUGGUGGGCCAAGCUAUUCUCCCUACCUCCAUGUCAGCUGGGGGUGACCUGACAGUGUCUCUGACAGAUGGGAGCCUGACUGCCCUGGAAGGCAUCCAGUUGCAGCUGGCUGCUAACUUGGUUGGACCAAAUGUGCAGAUUUCUGGAAUCGAUGCCUCCAGCAUUAAUAAUAUCACACUGCAGAUUGAUCCGAGCAUCCUGCAGCAGACAUUGCAGCAGGGCAGUCUCCUGGCCCAGCAAUUCACUGGGGAGCCUGGCUUGGCCCCACAGAGCAGCUCUCUCCAGACACCAGAUAGCACGGUCCCUGCCAGCGUUGUCAUUCAGCCCAUCUCAGGCCUGUCCUUGCAGCCUACAGUGACGUCUGCUAACUUGACCAUUGGUCCGCUGUCUGAGCAGGAUUCCGUGCUGACUACGAGCAGCAGUGGGACUCAAGACCUCACUCAAGUGAUGACUUCACAAGGUCUUGUGUCUCCCUCUGGCGGUCCCCAUGAGAUCACCCUGACCAUCAACAACUCAAGUCUAAGCCAGGUCCUGGCACAGGCCGCUGGGCCCACCGCCACAUCAUCCUCGGGGUCUCCACAGGAAAUUACCCUCACUAUCUCUGAACUUAACACUACAAGUGGAAACCUUCCUUCAACAACGCCAAUAUCUCCAUCAGCCAUCUCAACUCAAAACCUGGUCAUGUCUUCAUCAGGCGUAGGAGGUGAUGCCAGCGUAACGCUGACGUUGGCCGAUACUCAGGGCAUGCUUUCUGGAAGCCUGGACACCGUGACACUCAACAUCACCUCUCAGGGUCAGCAGUUCCCAGCACUACUCACGGAUCCCUCGCUUUCGGGCCAGGGCGGAGCAGGCUCGCCGCAGGUCAUACUAGUGAGCCACACGCCGCAGUCAGCGUCCACUGCUUGUGAAGAAAUAGCCUACCAGGUAGCUGAUGUCUCUGGGACCCUGGCCCAGGGCAGCCAGCCUGAGAAGGAGGGCCGGGUACAUCAGUGCUUGGAGUGUGAGCGCGCCUUUCCGUCGGCUGCCGUGCUCAUGCACCACAGCAAGGAGGUGCAUGGCCGGGAGCGCAUCCACGGCUGCCCCGUGUGCCGGAAGGCCUUCAAGCGUGCCACGCACCUCAAGGAGCACAUGCAGACUCACCAGGCCGGGCCCUCCUUGAGCUCCCAGAAGCCCAGAGUGUUUAAAUGUGACACCUGCGAGAAGGCAUUUGCCAAGCCAAGCCAGCUGGAGCGCCACAGCCGCAUCCACACAGGGGAGCGGCCAUUCCACUGCACACUCUGCGAGAAGGCCUUCAACCAGAAGAGCGCCCUGCAGGUGCAUAUGAAGAAGCACACAGGGGAGCGUCCCUACAAGUGUGCCUACUGUGUCAUGGGCUUCACGCAGAAGAGCAACAUGAAGCUUCACAUGAAGCGGGCGCACAGCUGCACUGGUGCUUUGCAGGAGUCUGCUGGUCCCCCAGAGCAGGACGGGGAGUCGCUGAGCCGGACCCUUCACUUGGAGGAGGUAGUGCAGGAGGCGGCAGGCGAGUGGCAGACCCUCACCCACGUGUUCUGACACAAGCCGAGGGAGCGCCUUUAAGAACACGUUGGAAGUUAAAUAUUGGAAAGAACAAAGCACUUGGGAUUUCUGUGUGAAAGCUUCAAGUGUUACAAAUGUUACCACAGUACUUUUUUUAGCUAUAAAAUUAUCUAAAGAAUCAUUGUCUUUUAGAGACUUAUAGGAAAAAAACUGGGAAGAUGUAAACACGUUGUUCUCAUUUGUCUACAAAUCACUGAACUCAGGUACUACAAUAGGCAGUUUCAUCUUCUACUCAUGGCCAGUGUAUCUAGUUAAAAGAGAUUAACUGGAUCUUACUAUCAUUGUAGUGUGAUUUCUUUGUAUUAGCAAAGACAAAAUUAACAUUGGAAGAGCGUACGUAAGAUUCUCCUUCAUGCUUUCUGUUAUAAGAAGCAUAGCUUACAAAGCAGAUGUGAGAUUGUGCAUGAGGUUCAGAGCAAAUGUUACAGCACACAGGGAAGUGUUUUUCACUCUUUUCUCUGUGCAUUUAGAAGAAAUCAACUCUUUUUAAUCUACCAUAAAUUAAUAUGACCGAUACCUGGAGAGAUGGCUGGACCAAUUCUCUCCCCAUUAUAAACAUCAAAUCACUAGUUAAAAGAAUACAGCCUCUGGGGCGUCCACAUGGGGAAUCGAGUAAGCCUGACCCAAAAUGAGGAUGAGACUGUCUGCACAGGAGGUGACACGCGCACUGCAUAAGUCUGUUUUCAAGUACACGGGUUAGAUGAUCGCAGAAGCACAAGCCAUACAUUGCAAAUAGGAAAGGACAGAAUUGUCUCUUAGGAACAAGUAACUGUGGCCCUGACCACCCCAAUAAAUUAGAAGCAUAAUUGUAGUUUAAAGAUAAGAACCCAUAAAAACCCCCAUGGUUUUCUCUUCAUGUAUAAACAAAUGUAUUUUUUUAUUUCAGGGAAUUCUUUAGUAUCAUCAGUGGUGCCACAUUAAACAUGUCCCAAACCAAAUCCCACCCAUGCUGGAGCAGAGUGCGUGCACAUUGCUCCUACAGCAUUCCAAAGAUGGAAGGUUCUUGAUGUCAUGUUAAUUUUUCCUUUAGAGUUAUUUAUAUGUUCUAUAUAUAAAUAAAUAUGUACAUAGACAGAUAUAUGGGCCUCUGUGUGGCUGAACAGUAUAUUUUGUAAAUAAAAGCACUAGUCCUCAUUGCAGAGAGAGAGAGCAUCUGAGUUUCACCUCCCUACAAGCACUUCAGAUCAGUAUUGUAUUCAUUUUAUUAAUAAAUGGGUAUCUUUUUCAUUGUAAUAUAAAGCUGGGUUUUAUUUUUUCUCCUCCUGAAAAAUAAUUGCCUUUGUUUUCUCUCAUUGCCACCUUGGUUUCAGAAGAGAGUGGUUUUAUUAUAAAUAUUGUAUGGACUUUGUAUAUAAAGAGAGGAACUCAUUUCAGAUUCCUAAAGAAACAGACAUUUCACUGUUAUUUUGAAAGGACAUCUUUUGGUUUUUUUGUUUUUCACUUUUGGCUUAUGUAUAUAAGUAAUAUUGAUGGUGAUAUGAGAACUUUUGUUAUGUGAAAAUAUUUAAGUCAGAAACUGUUAAAUAAUAUUACUUUUUUUUCCAAACUGCUUUGUGUAUUGUAUAUUUUUUUAAGAAAAAAAGCCUUAUUUGACUUAUUCUUGUGAUACUGGACAUAUUAUAAAUCCUGAGGUUUCCUUGAAUGUCAGUGUGUAUACCUGGCUGUAGUUAGUGUAUUCAGAAUAAUUGUAAUUGUGCUAGAAUUUUAAAGGUUCUGCUUUUAAUGCACUUUUUCUUUUACAAUUUUGUAUUAAGAUAAUUUAGAAAUAUUGAUUAAUUUUGGUGAACAAAUAUCCCCAAGGUUAUUAUUGGAAUUUUAAAAUUUUUGUUCUUUCUGGGUUAUUUAUUUUGCUUUUAGCAUUAAAUGUCAUCUCAGGACAUCUCUAAAAGGGGGUUAAUUCCUAAUUAUAUAGAAAGCAUAGGCUGGUGAACUAUAUUGGUUAAUUGCCUAUUUAAGGCCUUAACAGGUGAAUCUAAAGCCUACUUUUAUUUUGGUUAAAGAAAAAAAAAUUCCAUUUGUGUCUUUUCUCAAUUCUUUAAGCAAACACAAGACAUUUAUGUAUUAUUUUGAUUUAUUUCCUAAUUAUAAAAGCUGCUGCUUUUUUGCAAAACAUUCCUUGAAAAUACAAGGUUUUGAAAAGACAUAAUUUCACUUGAAUCUUUGUGGGGUACAGAUCGAUUUUUAUAGUUUGCUGGUUGAUUAAAAAAUCUUAGAAAAGAGAUUUCUAGCCCCAUGUAUAACCAGGGUUUUGAGGAUAGAGAAAUGUAUUUUUAGAACUAUUUCAUCAUAGCAUAUCUGCUUUGAAUAACUAUAAAUAAAAAUUGAAGUUAGGGAAUGUAAUUAAUUCUUUUUCCUUUAGAAAUAUCCAAGAUAAAAAUAGUUUGCCUCGAAUUAAUUUCAAGUUCAGAUAUUUAUAACAGAAAAGAACUUUAAUGAGAUUUUCCUUUAUCUCUGUGAAGGCCAGACGAGUUUCCCCUUGCCAUGUCUAUGGGAAAGGCUUCAGAUUUUCAGAGUCAGGGUGUGGAUUUACGGCAGUGAGUCAUGCAUGUCCACACAGUCCUAGACGACCCCCAGGGCUGCUCUCGUGUGCAUUCAUUCGCUGCCCUAUUAAAUGAGCCUAAUCAUUUAGGAACCUUUUCAAAGCUCAGAGCUGUCUUUAGCCCGCUUUGCUGCUGAAGUAACUGUUAAACACUUAAGCUGAAAGAUUGAAUUACUAGCCUUAAAACUGUUGAGAAGCAGGAGUAACGUGGCCUUUGUGCAGCCCAGCCAGUUAGAUAAUGUGUAAUUGGUUGUGUUUUUACAGUGGCCAUAGAUUAAAACAAAGGCAUGUCUUCAAGAUGUCAACUUGAAUGCUCCCCCACCCCCAGCAAGCUCUGCUUUUUGUUUGUUUUAAAAACUUAGGUGCUUAGACAAGAAUCUAAACAGAGGGAAUCUUGUGACUGGACCUGCCCGCUCGCAGCCUGUCCGAGGGUCUCAUCAGACACCGCGCCUUACUUUCCUAAGUGUUGCACUGAUGGAGCGUGAGAAGCCUGUGCUAGUGAGUGAGUGCCAUGUAUCUAGCACUUAACUCCUGUGAUACUUUGUACUACUCCACUGUCAUUCUUAAGGAAUUUUGAUUUUUGAAAUUAUGGCUAGAGUUCUGUGUCUUCCUUCAACUCUUAUGCAACAUGUACAAGAGAUGCAUGUUAGUAAAGGUGCAAGAUUUUAGGAAGUAGAAGUGAAUUUCUGUUCUUGCUAUGUGGAUAUUUCCCUUUUUAGAAAUAUCUUUGAUAACUCAUUAAGAUACCCAUUUUGACAUUAAAUGACCAUCACAGACUUAUGUAAGUAACAUUUUUAAGGAAAUGUAUAAGAUAUGUAGAGCUGCUUUCUGGUUACUAUUUUUAAGGUGAUCUCAUGCCUGCUUCCUACAUAAUUUUAUUUUCCUGAAGCUUAUUUAAAAAUCAAUAUUUUGCCCUCCCUCCCCCACCAAAAAAGAUCACUCCAAGGCUCUAUUAUGGCUAACUCAUUCCUCCAAAACCUGUUGCAUAGUAGGUAAGGCAGAGGUGGGAUUAUGCAAUGGUUCUGAAUCUACUGUUCUCCUCUUUCUGCCACUUAAUCUGUACUCAUGUGAUGUAGGUGCUUUGGAUUUUUUAGAAUAAAACUUCAGCCUACAUACAUAA